CGUUGGGAAGGCCCAUUCAUGUGAAUGGAACUUUCUGCAGCACUCUGAAGAGCCGUGAUUAACGUUAACGUUAACGAGAUUAACGUUAGAACUCUAACUAGGGAUACGUUAACCGUGCCUUCACAAUGAGUAACGUUCCAAUCCCAGAGGGGCUAAAGGAGAUAUUGCUGGGUUUCACUAUUGAAGUGAUCCGAAAUCAUCCAAGGAAUAUAUGCGACUUCGCCCUGCAGUACUUCGCCGAGCUGAAGAACAACGAAAGUAAAGUGAAGGGGCAAAAGGUGAAGUUCAACAACGAAGCUAUGCAGAUCGGCUCCGAGGAUGAGGACGAGGAAUUUGUUGCCCCAGUCAUCAACAGGUUUGCAAGACGAGUGUCAGUGUGUGCUGAGUCAUAUGACCCUGACAAUGAAGAAGAGAGCAGAGAGCCAAUGGUCAUUCAUUUUAAAACAGAUGAACAGAGGCAAAGACUGCUAGAGGCCUGCAAAUAUAUUGUUCUCUUUAAAAGUUUGGAGCAGGAUGAGUUUUUUAGGGUCCUGGAUGCCAUGUUUGAAAGACCUGUGGCUGCAGGGGAGCACAUUAUUGAGCAGCAUGAAGAUGGGGAUAAUUUCUAUGUGAUUCAAAGUGGGAUUUAUGAUGUCCAUGUAAUGGAUAACGGGAUAACACGCCUGGUUGGCACCUACGACAACCACGGGAGCUUUGGGGAGCUCGCCCUGAUGUACAACACGCCGCGAGCCACCACUAUCAUUGCCAGAACUUCUGGAGCCCUGUGGUGCUUGGACAGGCAGACCUUCAGGCGGAUAAUUGUGAAAAACAAUGCCAAGAAGAGGAAAAUGUACGAUGAUUUCAUCCAGACAGUCCCUUUGCUGUCAUCCUUGGAGACAUAUGAACGGAUGAAAGUGGUGGAUGUGCUUGUCCCACGACAGUACACAGACGGGCAGCAGAUCAUUGCUGAGGGGGAGAGUGCAGACGACUUCUACAUAGUUGAGUCUGGACAGGUCAGGAUCACAAUCAGGAGACCUACACAGCAAGAGGGUGAGAUGUACGAGGUGGAGAUUGCCACAUGUACGCGAGGGCAGUACUUUGGAGAGCUGGCUCUGGUCACCAACAAACCACGAGCGGCGUCGGCGUAUGCCGUGGGGAACGUCAAGUGCUUAGUCAUGGAUGUGAUGGCCUUUGAGAGGCUGCUGGGUCCGUGCAUGGAGAUCAUGAAGAGGAACAUCAGUAUCUACGAGGCCCAUUUUGCCAGCCUUCUGGAGAGCAAUGACAGUGUCACCAACACCUCCUCCGACACCACCAGGGCUGUGGAACCUGGAAGUGAAAAUUGAACCGGUUGGAGCAGUGGACAAGUGCUUGAGAUCGUUAUGACCUUAAGUCCUGUCGAAAAAUCAGAAGCCUGUGACAUCCAUCAGAAGACUGUUGGCCUCUGUUCUGUUCUGGAUGAAUGAUUUUAGAAUAGGGAAAGAAUUCUUUGCUGUUUGAAUACUAUUUGAGACUAGUUGUUAAUGAAUACUUAAAAGCAUCUCUGGAUGCAGCUGCAAGAACAGUGAUUUGUCUUAAAUGAUAAACAUGCGCAGUGUGCCUUAAUUUACUUACGCAAUAUUAUUCAAGUGAAUGACAAGAUGAGUAGCUGAUUUUCAUUUCAGUAAGCUUCUUGUGCAUGUUUAUUAUCAGUCAGAAUGGAUGCUUUUUUUAAAUAGUUAAGAACUGCUUGACUUUAGUGAAUAUAUUAUUUAACAGUUGGUUUAUUUAUUGUUUAUUUUUUAAUUUCCUUCAUAUUAUUCUGAGGUCAUGUUUUAUAGUGUAAACCUCAUAUAAAAACAAUGCUGAAUUGAUCACGGUAAAUAUACCACUUCAGAUUUUAAAGUGUUUAAAGCACUGAACUUAAUGCAAUAAGAUAACGAUAGGAUACAUAAUAACUAAGCAAUAGUUUUACUACUUAUUCUUUGUGACAUUACAAAUAUUUUUAGAGUUGUGAAAUGGCUUACAGGAUAAUUUACGGUAGGCAUAACGUGCUUUUGCACAAUGUUCCUCAGUGAAAGUAUUGUAUAAUAUUGUCUGUAUAUUUAAUUGAUAAUACAAUUUUGGUUCAAAGUA